GUUGUCAACAACUGGUCGGGGGAGGAAGGAAAGUGUCUUUAGUUUACCGAUCAUAUUAGGAUAAGAUUUGUUUACAUACUGCCUAUCGUAGGGUCCGGUGGUGGUUUAGGGUUAGGUUCAGGUCUUAUCGCACAAAAACAGCAAUGGGCGAUACAGUUAUGGAAAUAAGCUAACGUUAGCACAGCUGAAUGUCUGUCAGUCAGUCACAAUUGUUAGAAGUUAGCGACUACGUAGCUAACGCUGGUACAGUCAGUGGGGAUAGGCUGCUGUUUAUUGAGAGCGUCUGAUAGCCUGCGGUGGGUUGUGGCCAGCGAGAAAAUACCAUCCACCUUCUGUCGAGUCGAGCUGCUGCAACUGCGAAGAGGUUUCCCCUCGUUUCGGACACCGAGGGGGCUGUUGGAGAUAUCCCACCAUGGAUCCAUUUGACAGCAACAGUACAGAGCGAGCCAACCUGCCGAGGAACAUGAUCGAGAACAGCAUGUUUGAAGAAGAGCCUGAUGUGGUGGAUUUGGCAAAAGACUCAGCUGCAUUUCCGACGUUUCCUGCUCUUGACCCAGAUGAGGUGGUGUAUGAGCCUCGUAGCUCACGGUUGCUUGUGCGCGGCCUGGGAGAGAAUGACAUGGACGAAGAUGAAGAGGACUGCGAGUCUUCAGCCCGUCUGCUGGGCAUGUCUUUCAUGAACCGCAGCUCUGCUCACAGAUCCAACUCUUCCCCCUACACCAGACAGGCUCCACCCAGGUCAUGUUCACGGCCCUCAGCCCGUACCAUGGUCGUAUGUGUGUUAUUCCUGGUCAUAGUGGCCUCUAUGACCAUGGUACUGUACUUCUUACCUGGAUGCACCUUUACCAAGACGGGUUGUCGUAAGGAGAACAAGACCACGCCCAUCGAGCCACCCUUUCCAUGGACACAGUUCCGGCUGCCUCAUAGCAUACGUCCUCUCAGCUAUGACCUCACCCUGAACCCUGACCUUGAUAAUAUGAACUUCACCGGCAGCACUGUUAUCAAAAUGGUUGUCCUCCACAACACCAAGCGCAUUGUCCUGCACAGUGCUAAUCUCAACAUUUCGAAAGCUACCUUCAAGCUGGGUGAUGGGGAGGCCAGUGAUAUGACUGUACUGGAGUACAAACCCAGACAGCAGAUAGCUCUUAACUUCUCAGAGGAGUUGAAGGCGGGACAGUACUGUGUUUUGACCCUUGAUUACUCUGCUAACCUCUCACACACCUAUGAUGGUUUCUACAACAGCUCAUACACUGAUAAAGAUGGAAACAAAAGGGUCUUAGCUGCAACCCAGUUUGAGCCACUGUCAGCUAGGAAGGCCUUUCCUUGUUUUGAUGAACCAGCUUUCAAAGCCACCUUCCUGAUUAAAAUCAACAGAAAACCAGACUACAUGACUCUUUCCAACAUGCCCAAGGCUAAAACCACACCACUUAACAAUGGCCUUGUGCAAGAUGAGUUUGAAAUGACAAGUGUCAACAUGAGCACCUACCUGGUGGCUUUCAUCGUUGGCAACUUCACCCCUGUCAGCAAAAAUGUCUCAGAAACUCUGGUGUCUGUGUACUCUGUGCCAGAGAAGAAAGAGCAUACUGACUAUGCUCUUGAUGCAGCUUCCAAACUCCUGGACUUCUACAAUAACUUCUUUGAAAUUAACUUCCCCCUCAAAAAACUAGACUUGAUAGCCAUCCCGGACUUCCUGGCAGGAGCCAUGGAGAACUGGGGACUCAUCACUUUCAGAGAGACCAGCCUGCUAGUGGGCAAACAGUCCUCACCUCUAGAAAAACAAGUAGUUGCCUCUGUCAUAGCGCAUGAGCUCGCCCAUCAGUGGUUUGGAAACCUGGUAACUAUGAGCUGGUGGAAUGACCUGUGGCUCAAUGAAGGCUUUGCCACAUACAUGCAGUACAUGUCACUGCAGACAGUUUUGCCCAAGCUGGACAUUGGUAAUUUGUUCCUGGCAGUGCGGUUCAGAGCCCUGGACAAAGAUGCAUUAAACUCCUCCCACGCUGUGUCGACGGCAGUUAAUUCACCAGAACAGGUGGAAGAGAUGUUUGACUCUGUGUCCUAUGAAAAGGGUGCGUCCAUUCUCCUGAUGCUGAAUGCUUCCCUGCCAGUUGACCAACAGUUCAGAAAGGGUAUCAUUCAAUACCUAAAACAGUUCAGUGGAUUAAACACAGACACUAACGACCUCUGGAACAGCCUUACACAGGUUGAGGUCUCGACGCAGCACCAGAAUGUGUCCGAGAUGAUGAGCUCAUGGACGUCACAAAAAGGCUUCCCACUGGUCACUGUAAGCCGCAAGGGUGAUCAGGUGACCCUCACACAGGAACACUUCCUGCUCACAUCUGACAAUGCCACGCAUACUUCAAGCUUGUGGAAUAUCCCAGUGACGUACGUAAGCGACAACUGUAGUUUGGCCCCUGAGUGCAGACAGUUGUUCACUCUGAAAACCAAGUCAGGAACAUUUAAGCUGCCAGAAAGUGUAAAAUGGUUGAAGUUGAACUACAGAAACACAGGCUUCUACAUUGUCCACUAUGGAGACGAUGGCUGGGCUGCUCUUAGAGAUGCUUUGGCCAACGAUGUCAGCGUUCUUACACACGAGGACCGCGCGUCGCUCAUACACAACAUCUUUGCUCUCUCCAGACUGGGACGUGUGUCCUUCCGUCAUGUCCUCAACCUGUUGAACUACAUAUCCAAUGAAACAGAGACUUCUCCUGUGACAGAAGCCUUGUUACAGCUCAACAAAAUCUACCAGCUGCUUGACAAAAGACACGAGUACAGUCUUGUGGCCCGCAUGAAGACUUAUAUACUGCAUCAUUUUGGUUCUCUGAUGGACAAACAAACAUGGGAAGAGCAGGAGAGUGUGUCUAAACAGGAGCUGCGCUCAGCCCUGCUGGAAACGGCCUGUGGUCUAGAUAUAGAAAACUGCACUCAGCAAGCCAAAGCCCUGUUCAAACAGUAUGUCGACUCCAAUGGGACCUCACGGAUUCCAGGCGAUCUGCAGCAAGUCGUAUUCAAUGUGGCUGCUCAAUCACCUGAAGAUUGGUCGACUUUGCUCAGUCUGUAUGGACAUGUCACAUAUGACGCAGAGAAGCGUAAAAUGCUGCGGGGCCUAGCAUCCACUCAGGACGCACGGAAAAUAGUAUGGAUUCUAAAAGCAGGUCUGAAGGGGAAUCUCAUCCAGACACAGGAGUUGCCUUUGGUCAUCAGCACUGUGUGUAAGGGCUUCGCCGGCUACUUGUUUGCCUGGGAUUUUAUACAAGAAAACUGGGACCGCCUCAUAGAGAAGUUCCCUGUGGGCUCCUUUGCCAUCCAGACAAUCAUCAACUCUGCCACCUCCCAGUUCUCCACACAGGCACACCUUGAUCAAGUGCAGGGUUUCUUCUCCAGUCUGAAGGAGCGCGGCUCUCAGAUGAGAAGCGUGCAGGAAGCUUUGGAAACCAUCAGGCUGAACAAGCGCUGGAUGGAAAAGAACCUGCCUACACUCCAAAAAUGGCUCUAACACAGACGCUCCAUCCAGUCUCCGCCCCUCUAACAGCCAGCAGGGGCGUGUCGUCAAGACAACAGCAGUGUUUGCACUAUUGUAGGACUGUGUCUCUUAACUCCCUUGAUCCAGGCCAGAGUAUUAAUCGAAGCCAGAGGUUGUGCUCUACCUGGGUGGACAAGGUGUUUCAUUUUCUGAGAUUGGUCCUGUGAGUUGUAUUUGCUAGCUCAGGGUGGCUCUGAUUGUGUGUCUGACAGGGAGUUGUCAGAUGCAAACACACACUCCUCACUCUCAAUGCUGUCGACCAAACCUCUCCUCUGCAGCUCCCAUCUAAACCUCAUGCCCGAGCAGACAAUCAUGCUUCACCCACACUCCUUUCGCUCAGCCUGCUCUCAGGCACUUAACUGUAUGAGCUGUGCAAUGGCCACUUCAAAAAGAGCAGGUAUGAGGUAUUGUUACUGUCUAUGUAUGUAUUGUCAGUCAGUCCAAGACUCUCAACCAUCGGAUAUACAGUAUGCAGAUGCUGGUGUCAGGGAUUCCUCAGCGAGUUCAAAUUAACGGUACUUGAGUGAUGGAAUUAUUCUAAGAUUUUAUCGCUGUGUGAUAAGGAUCUGUAUAGAAACAACAGCUACCCGCCAUUCUGAACUCUAGUUACUCGUGUCACCUCAAGCAUUUACUAUAUUAUUCAUGGUUUGGCUUGAAGAUUGGUUGAUUGAUUAAUAGCUUAAAAUACCAAAUUUGCAUUGGCAUCAAUUGAAUGUACUGAAAAACCUUCCCACUGUGUACAGUAGAUGGCGUACUGCACAACAGUGCAGCUUUAAAUCAACAACCAAUGUGUCUUAGGUGAGAGCAGGCAGUGCACACUGGAGCCAAAUAUUCUUUUUUUUUUUCUCUUCCUUUCUCUACCAGUCAUAAACCCGGUUUAGCUUAAGUUUUAUUUUAAUUGCUUUUUGUCUGCAGUGCAGUCACUGUACAGACUUUAACUCUGUGUGCUUGUAAACUUGUAAUUAUAAUAUAAAUAGGCUCAACCCUUCAACGUUCUCCCCUGCGAUUAUGGAUGUACUGUUUCAAACAUCUUGACUUUUAACAUUUUAAGAUUUGCUUUGUGUUAUGUAUAUAGAGUGUAAAGAAGAGAUGUAUACAUAGAAUUGAUCAAGAGUCUUGGUCAAAUACCUUUACUGUAUUUCUUGAUUUAGACCACCCCAAGGAGGUCAUUGCUGAUGAAUGUUUGUGUUUUAAGGGCUAAUGUGCAUAUUGGAGAUACAAAGUAUAUAGAAGAACAUCUAUGUUGGGCAUGACUAAUAUGUCCCAAAAGCUGUUGCUCAUCAGCCAAAUACGGAAGGUUUAAAGUUACUCCAAUGUUAACUAUUUAUUGAGAGCGUAUCUAAACAGGUCCCCCAACAUUGUUCCAGGACUAUGUUUAAAUACAGUUUUACACUCGUCAUGAGUUUUAUUUAAAGUGGUACUGCUUACUUAUCCACUCCAUCAACUUCAUGAUUAUCAGGAUAAUUGAGAAUAUACUGGAGAUUUAGUCAUUUUCUUUAGACAUCCUUAACAGACUUGUGUCUCUGUUUUUGGUUGUCACAUUUUCUUCUUCUGACGCCUCUGUCUCAUUCAUGUAAAAACUGCGUCUGCAGGAUUUUCAAGUUCAUCAAAAGAAUAACAAUGUGUGUCACAAAGGUGACCGCUGAGAUCCGGGUUUAGUUCCCGGUACUGGUAACUCUGGCUUGGUUACAGUCCCAGUGAACAUAAUUGGCCCUGUGCACAGGUGGGAAGCUUUUGAAAGGGUCAUGUGUUUUGUUGCUGCAUUAGUGAUUCCUACUGGUAGGUCUAAGUGGCAGUAAGGUGGGAUGGGGUCCAGGACGGGACCAGACAGAGUGAAGCACGGCGCAUGAAAAGACACACCAAGAGACACCAUGUGUAUCGAAGGCAUGGCUGUCUGCACCCUCCCCAGGUUAACAGUGGACGUUAGCAGUAUGAAGGAUCAAAGUAAAAAUAAUUUUGCAUUCCAAACUGGGGAGAAGAGAUAAUGUAGUAAUAAUGAGAUUGUCAGACUUUACUUUGCAGUUUAAAUCUGUCUGGAGGUUAGAAACAGUAUUGCUUUUGACUUAUUCCAUCCAGUCCAUCAUAGUUUUAUAGACAGCGUGAUAAUGUGUUAAAUUACCAUUUACCUUUAAAUGCACAUCUUAUACUUUUAUGUCCUAGCUCCGUUUUAUUGUGAAAAGGUGUCAUCGGUCUAGGCCACUAUUUUUCCAGCUGCCAGGAAUCAGAUAAAUUAAUCAGCUUUAUUAAGUCUCUGGGACUUUCUGGUUUUUCGCCACAUUUUGGUUAGAGAAUAUAAAGAUGUAUGAAGUUGCAAUAAGCUUUCAGAGAUGAGUGUUACUGAUGUCAUUCAGGUACAGUGAUUAGUCGAAAUAGUUGAUGUAGCCGGUCUGAUGAGAGGAUCUUAGUAGGUUUUACCACAGUACCACAUGUGCAGUAAACCCAAUCAGAUUGUCUUUGUCUUUGCACUGGGAUGAAAUGCUGCAGAUGCUUUUGAAACUGUGUUGCUCUUCAUGUGAACAAAAUAUAAAUAAAAGGUGUUUUCUGAA